AUGGCGGUUUCAAGUUCAUUAACAACCAUUAAUUCAUCCAACAUAGGUUUUCGGCUUUUGAAGAAACAAGGUUGGAAAGAGGGAACUGGUCUUGGGAUUUCUGAGCAGGGAAGGUUGGAGCCUGUAGCAACCUACGUGAAGAAUAAUAAACUGGGCCUGGGAGCAGACAAAUUACAGAAGAAGAAGCUGCGUUCAGAAACCAAGGAAUCUCGACUCGCAGCAAAGAAGAGGACGAAGAUACAGGAGUUGGAAAAAAGAUUGCAAGAGAAGGAAUUUGAGCGCGCCUUUUGUAGGGAGUUCUGGCCAGAUAAUGUUUGACUCAAAACCUGCAUCGAUAUCUUCUCAUAAGGUGAAUUGUGACUCAACUUUUCAGAGUUGAGCAUUUAAGUUCAUUAGGAGUAAUUUCUGUGUUAACUUUCUUAAAAGACUUGAUUUAUUUGCUAGUCUACUAUAGUGCGAAUGGCCAGAGCGGUGUUAUCUUCUCUGUUCUUCCUUUGAACUCAU